AUGGCCGCCGUCUAUAAAUCACUUUUCAAGAGUAGCGCCCAGAAGCAAGAUGCUCCUUUAUCUGGCUCUAGAAAAAUCAAGCAGCGAGUUUUAAUCUUGUCGUCUCGCGGCGUCACCUACAGACACCGUCAUCUGUUAAACGAUAUUGCCUCUAUGCUUCCCCACGGCCGAAAAGAUGCGAAAUUCGAUUCCAAGUCGCGUCUCAAUGAGCUCAACGAGCUUGCCGAGCUGUACAACUGCAACAAUGUUCUCUUCUUCGAGGCCCGCAAAGGACAGGAUCUUUAUGUCUGGCUUAGUAAGGUCCCCAAUGGACCUACCGUCAAGUUUCAUCUACAAAACUUGCACACUAUGGAGGAACUGCAUUUCACUGGCAACUGCUUGAAGGGCUCGCGACCCCUUCUCUCCUUCGAUGCUGCCUUCGACUCCGAACCGCACCUCAAAGUGGUUAAAGAACUAUUCUUUCACGCCUUUGGUGUUCCUGAGGGAACCAGAAAAUCCAAGCCUUUCAUUGACCACGUUAUGGGAUUCAGUAUUGUCGACGGAAAGAUCUGGAUUCGCAACUACCAAAUUAGCGAAACUGAAGGUUCUCUCCUGGAUGCCGAGAGUGAGAACAAGGAUGCCAAGAAGAAGAGUAAGAAGCUCGCCGCGACCGGUAGUAGUCUCGAGAUCAACCUCGUCGAGAUUGGCCCCCGGUUUGUCCUUACUCCAAUUGUCAUACAAGAGGGCUCCUUUGGUGGGCCUGUCAUCUACGAGAACAAGCAGUUUAUCUCGCCCAACCAGAUCCGCGCCGAUCUACGUCGAUCCAAGGCUAGCCGUCACAAUGCCAGAGCUGAGCAGACUGUAGGUAGACUGUCGCGAAAGGCGGAUCUUGGUUUACGAACAAAUGGAGGCAAGCAGCAAAUACCCGGCGAUGAAUUAGACAAGAGGAAGCUGUUCGCAUAA